AUGAAGGUCGUCAUCGUGGGCGCCGACAUUGACGGACUUAUCUGUGCAAUUGCCUGCAAGCAAGAGCACCUAGAUGUUAUCGUCCUCGAGCAGCGUGCAGACACCGACAAUGCCGGUCUCCAGAUCCCACCCAAUGGCACUCGUUUCCUGCAUCAACUGGGCGUGUUAGAGGAAGUGAUUCGCAAGGGCACAAGCACCGAAUACUUGGAUCUGAGACGCUUUCAAGAUGGAGCAUUGAUUCGGUCGAUGCCAUGGGGAGAACCGGUUCGCCUGGCUUACGGGCGACCUUGGGUCAACAUCACGCGGGCGGACCUUCGUGACAUCCUCCGUGACAGAGCGCGACACCUGGAGAUCGAUAUCCAGCAAAAUGCCAUCGUGGAUGAGAUUCAUUGUGGUAGCGCCGAGGUUGUACUGAAGAAUGGGACUCGAAUCCAAGGAGAUCUUAUGGUUGGCGCGGAUGGCAUUUACUCUUCGACUCGAGACGCGGUUUUAGGCCACCCAUGGCCGCCCACUCCAGCGAGCGAUAUCGCCUACCAAGCCACCAUCUCCCGCGCGACGUUGAAAGCCAUCAACGACGGACAGCUCGAUGAGCUCUGCUCCAAGGCCAAGAUCACCACCUGGCUAGGCUCCGAGCAGCAUACGGUGUUGUUUCCUGUCCAGCAAGGCGAAGAGUAUAUGCUCGUUUCGUACCACACACACAGCCGCCCGCCCGUCAGAGAAGCCUCAACAACCGACGGUCUCUCUGAAAUGCAUGCGCUACAUCAAAACUGGGACAUCCGCCUCCAAACAAUCCUCUCACACGCAACCUUCUCCUCAACAGUCACACAGCACACCCUCCGCGACCUCCCCACCUGGACCAACGCCCAAACCACCCUCCUCGGCACCUCCAGCCGCAUCAUCCCGCCCUACCAAGCCCAAGACCUAGCCGCAACCCUCGAAGACGCCUCCGUUCUCAGCACGCUGCUGGGCCUCCUCAAUCAACACGCGCCGCCCAGGCACGAACUCCCGCACCUCCUCCCUGAGAUCUUAACCCUCUACGAAACCCUCCGCAAGCCCGCCGCCGCACAAGCCGUGAAAGACGGCCUGCUGAGCCGCCGCGUCCUCCAGGUCAGCAACACGGUCGCCCAAGCCCUCCGCAACUGGUUCCUGAGCGGCGCGGGCAUCACCCGCGACACGGACGCGGGGUGGUUCAAGUUGGUCUCUUCCCAGCAGGAGCAGAUGCUUGGAGGAGGUAGUAGUUGCGGGGUGCUGGGGGAGGCCCGUGAGCGGUUCGAGGCGUGGCGGAAGGAGAGGUUGCCUGCUUCUUCUGCUGAAGGGGGUCGUCCCUCGCGAUCAGCGAGUUAUGCAAUAGGGAAGAAGAGGUUGCGGUGUUGGAC